AUGUAUUUCCGCUACGCAUCAAAUGCUAAGUUUUAUCCAUUUAACCAUAUUGUGCAGCCAGUAAAUGUAUUACGUCCAAUCACUGCACUUCUUGCUUCCGGUUAUUUCUUGGAAUUUUCAAGCAAGCUCCCAACCUUUGCCCGUGUCGGUGCUUUCAAACACCAGAUGCAACAUAUUAUGAUUUUCCAAGACAUUAGCAUGGGCAUUUCCGAGAAAACAAAGAAUGGGCAGAAGCCUGUAAAGCUUCCCAAAUCUAUAUUUGUGGAAUGGAACGCCAUUUUGAAUGAUUUUUCUCAAAAGUAUCCCAAUACCUUAUACAUUCCAGCUGUAGCAUCCAUAAAAAAAUUGAUUAGCAAAGCGGAUGAACCAUGGGAUAAACAAGCUGCUUGUUUGAGAGAAUCAGCAAAGGCUUUGAAUAUAGCGGCAGCAAAGAAGCAGCUUGAAUUGCAUGACAUUGAACAAAUCAAAUGCAUUCUUGAACCUGUUGCUUCGUCUGGAUACUUUGCAGCUGCUGAAAACCUUUCACGCCGUCAGUUUGUUCCACUUUUGGAAGCAGCUGUCAAACACACCGAGAACACGACCUUUGAGUAUUUCUACACAAAGUACAUUACAUACGAUUACGACGAGUCUGCCUUGUCUGAUUUUUCAUUGGCACAGAAAGCAUUGACUAUUUAUGCAACAACUGAUUUCGACCUUGGAAAACGUACUGUUCUUAAUACUUUUGAAAAAACAAUGCGCUUUUUGGUGUCUGGUCUUGUAUCAGCUCAGCAGCAAUUAAUAAAUCCUGCAAACGACAGAGUAUCAACAUCGAAACUUGCACCACAAACGCUUUCUGCCGAUCAAUUGAUGAACGAUCUUCAGUACUUGUCAAAGACCGUACUUGCUCUUGUCUCACGCUAUGGAGCAACGAGUCUUUUUGAUUUUGCAAAGACUUUGAAAUUGGGACCCAUUGAAACAACUGAAGAUACACAAAUCAUGUCUACCUUGAUCAGCAUUCUUUUGGAUAUGUGUACACGCACCAAUAUUUACACUAAAGACUGUAGUCAAGUCGCUGGAAUGAUUUUGGGAUCAAUUAUUAAUUUGGCACAAGAUCCUUCUUUUGGGCGUGAUUGGGCUAUUGGAUGGUUCUUCUCGGCAGAUAACGAAAAACUUGAGGUAUCAGAGCAUGUCUUUAAGAUGUUUGGUGUUUCCCCUAGCAAUGAUUUGAUCGGUUCGUCGGGCUGGUUAAAACGUGAUGCCCCCAUGCUAUCUGUUGUCCGAGGAUUGGUGUCAACCGUUAGAAAAGACAUCCUUCUUCUCAAAUGCCCUGCUGGAUUCAGCUUAACUAAACCUUUGGAGAGAAAUCCUUCCAGAAACCUGCACGAGAUUGUGUUCUUUAGUAUUCUGUCGUUCUGUUCAAAGGCGGAUCUGGAAUCUCAAUUAAAGGUCGUCGCAUUUGAUGCAUUGGCAAUGUGGCUUUUGGAGACAAAAAACUAUAUAACUUCCUGUGGAAAUGAUGCUAUAGUUAUGGACAUGAUUUCUGGUGUACUUACACCACAAAAUGUUGAUAUCAUCAUUCGCUAUGUGUGGGAUCAUUGGGAUGACCCUGUUGAUGCUCUCAAUAGCAAGGUCCGCACUAUAUUUGAACUUACUCUUGGUAUUAUGGAAACAAGAGCUAGCUUCUACAAUAAGAAGAGUGAAUAUGAUGAAUUCCUUUCGGUACUUUUGAAUAAUCUAUUAAUUAUGGAUUGGCACAGAAAGGUUAAAUAUGCUCUUUUGAACAUUUUGGUUCCAAAAGUUGGAACAGACGCCUUUUUCCAAGCUGAACCAGAGAUUAUUUGGAAAUGUUUCCGUGCCAUGGACAGUCUUGUUCUUCCUCCACAAAUUACAUCCCUUGUUCUUUCACUUCUUUAUCAACGUAUUGAAGAGACAAUUCCUGGCUACAGUCCAUUCAAGGGCCAAAAUGUGACAUUGAAAGAAAAGGAUGCCGAGACAAAGACAGCAAUUGACAAUUGGAUCAAAGUAUGGGCAGUACCUGUCCUCAAGUGUCUUACCUCAGAUUCCGAAAUUCUGCGUAGAAAUGCCAGCGGAUUUAUUCUCCAGCCACUCUUUAAAGUCUCUCCUCAGUCAUUCUGGUAUAUCAUCAAGAUAUUGCAAGAUACGGAUGAUAAACAUUGGUCCGAACUCGAUCCUAAUUUCCGCUUAAAUGCUUUUAUUGCUGUACUAAAGGCAGGAAGAAGUUUGGAUAUCGUGGAUGGAAGUGCAUACUCCUAUGACAGAGCAUCAUUAGAGAACUCCAAGAUCUCUGUAGAUACCCUCAAAUUGGCAAUCUACCAUUUGGACAAUCAAAUUAGAAUUGAUGCUCUUGGUCUUCUGUGUGAAUCACGAAAGGCAUCAUCUACUGUUACAAAUAUUGAGCUCGAUAUGGUCAAGAUGUUUUUGCCAUUGAACAUGAACUGCACGUCUCCUGAAUUCAGACAAACUCUUUGCGCUCACAUCACAAAAUUCUUGACUCGUUUGAGGGGUAGCAUGUACGCCCAGUAUCGUACCUAUCGCUCACGUCUCGUGUAUGUGGAAAAUAACCGUGGAAAGCGAUCAGAAGAAGAUAUUAAGGCAGUACUUGCCGAAGCUGCCUCCAUGUGGAAAGCAAUUGAGGAUGGUAAAGCUUUCCUUUAUUGGCUUAAUGAGCACAAUGCUACCUCUUUGUAUCCUGGAUCUUCUUUCCAACGUGUGUCUACAGCACUGAGACUCAUUGGAGUUGUAAUCAAGAUUUUUGGAAUCGAAGAGAUCCCUAUCCCAGAUGGCUUUACUGUCCGUCCAGAGUUCCCAUUCAGAGUUCCUACUGCAUCCCCUCGCAAUACGAAGCUUUUAAUUGAUAUUUUAACAAAUCCGUUCGACUUUAACAGAAAUCUCGCUUUUGAUAUUCUUGAACAAUUCCCCAGCCCAUUGCCUGGUAUUGAGUCGAGAGAAGAUGUACAGAGCUUACUCUGGUGGGGAUUAAGCAAUGUUGUCAGCACAAGAGCUGGAGAAAGCGAUAGUGGUGCAAUGAUUUUCCGAUUGAUUUUCACCAAGUAUAUUACUGUUCUUGGAUUCGACCUCAACCCCGAACAAAACGUAGCACCAAGCAAGGGAUCUGGAGACCAUGACGGUUCACCAGCUGUCGUCUUUACUGGAAAGUUGAUGGAUAUGUUGGACGGGCAGGUCGCUGCUGCAAAGAACAACCUACUCCAAGCUGCACAAUAUAAGCCAAUGCACGGAACCCUCUUGGCUUUGCAAUAUGUCUUCCGUGAGCUCGAAUACCAUAAUCCAGCAGUAUUUUCUGAUAUCAAUGCAUGGAAAAAGGCUCACUCACGCGCUCUGACUCUGAUCCAUACCGUUUGUAAUACAGUUAUGGAAGUCUUGUCGAACCCAUCUCCUGAAGGAAAUAUCCCUGCGUCUAUCCAAGAUAUGGAAGAAAAUGAAGAUGACAUGAUUAUUGACAAUGUUGACUCUGAAUGGUCAGGUCCAAAGUAUCAGAUUAUUUUGAGCUCAUGCUGGAGAGCAGUAAAGGAAGCUAGUUCACUUUUGGAAGUUAUCAUUUCAAAGGCUCCUAUAGUUACACACCACUCGAAAGAGGGUGUUAUCACCUACGAUGACUUGGUGGAAAGUGGCUCUCUCCUUCGUUCAUUGCUUACAACUAUCAGACAUCGAGGAGCAUUCUCUGCUGUGUAUCCUGCAUAUGUAUCACUUAAUUCUAGAUUGUUGGCUUCACCUAUGACUGACAUCGCACGUCUUCCUUCGGAAUGGCUAAAGGAGAACCUUGAAAGCUUAACAUCAAGUAAUAUUUCCAUCACUAGACGUAGUGCAGGUCUUCCGCUUUGUAUUCUGGGUGUUGUAAGCAGUGAAAAGCCUAACAAGAGAGAUUUGCUGGAAAUGGCUAUGCAGCGUCUCUUCAUGCUUGCAAGUGUUGAAGCACCAUCCGAUGCUGACCAAAAGAUUGAUCUUCCCCAAGUUCAUGCAUUCAACAUUCUUCGUACCAUCUUUAUGGAUUCUAAGCUCGGAACAAGCGUUUUGAAAUAUGCUUCAGAUGGCUUUUCACUCUCGAUUAACGGAUUCUCGUCUCCAAGUUGGGCUAUUCGUAACUGCUCUGUUAUGUUGUUCUCGACACUUUUGCAAAGAACCUUCGGAACAAAAAAGAUUAAGGAUGAACAUAGUGGUCUUAACAAAUUGACAGGACGUGAGUUUUUCACUAGAUUCCCUCAACUCCACCCGUACCUUCUCAAGGAGCUCGACAUUGCUGUUAAGCAACUUCUUGCUGACUCGAUGGCUGCAAGUGUUCACCCUGGUCUCUACCCCAUCUUGACUCUCCUCUCACGCAUGCAUCCUUCUGUUAUGGAUGGUACAGAUGAGGUCAUAUCCAUGGCUCCAUUUGUUCCUCUUGUGAUGUCCUGUGCAUCCAGUUCUAUCUUUAAGACUCGGGAGAUGGCUGCCAGGGCACUAGUCCCACUUGUUCCGUUAGUUGACUUGACCAAAACAGUAUCUGAACUGUUGACCUUUAAUCAAAGGCUAUCUCAGAAUGAAAUUCAUGGACGUUUGUUGCAAGUUCAGUUCCUACUCCGCGGACACUUGUAUAGUAACCUUCCAGACGAAGUACUGGUUGAAUUUUUCAAUGUAAUCCCUUCCUCAGUUGCAGUCGCAUUCGAGUUGUUGUUCUCAAACAGUGUCAGCUGUAUGACACAAGCUCUGUUAUUGGAAAUUAUCGGUGAAUUCUUCUUUGAGUGCACUUGGAUGUACGCUGAUAAGGAUGGAAAAGCUGUUAAAGAAAUGCAAACCAUUUCUAGCGAAAAACUCCAGGUGGUCCGAAACGAAGUUUUCAACUAUUGCAGUUCCACUGUUCAUCAAUCCGAUGUCAAUGCGGCUGAAAUUGGCAGAUACCUUGUGCGUCAGAAUAUGGCUAGAGUCAUCAUGCUGGGCACUUUGAAGAAGUACCAACCAAAUGCUCAAUUGAUAAAUGUCCUGUUCCUUUUGGAAGAUCGCGAUUAUGAAGUUCGCCUCGAAGCAUUGGAGCAACUUCAGGGUUAUUUCGAGAAGCAUCAAGACGUAUCUAUUAUUAAGGAUUCAGGAAUCGAACUCUUACAGUGCAAGCUUGUUCAGAUGACAAACGGAAAUGAGGAAAACCAAAACUGCUUUGUGCUGGCAGCUAAAUUACUUAUGUCACUGUUUUCGGCUAGUCCAUAUCCUUCCAAUGCUGGACUUCACCUUGGAUUUACUUUGAAACAAUACUGGGAUAAACUCAACGAGCAAUUCACUCUAAAGAAAUCGACGUCAGUUACCGAAUCCGUAUUGCCACUUCUUGGAGCACUCUUGGCCCAGAUUUUAAAGAACUUUUCUACUGAGGAGUGGGCUCAGAAAUGUCUCUUGACAUGGUGUAACUAUGUGACAAAGUAUAGCCAUCAAGAUGUGACAUUGACAUUACGUGAAGCCGUUGUCGAAUCCACUCAUUUCACUGCUAAGACUGUCUUUGCUUACGCCAACGAAACAAACGAUGCUGUAGAUGAAAUGAAGGCCACUGUCCAGUUUGUGAUUGCUCAGCUUCUUCAGGAUGAUGAUAUCGAUAUUCGCAACAACACUGCAAACAUUGUUUCUGUUGCACUUCGACUACCAGCACCUGUUCAUCCAGAAAGAGCUGUCGAAUUGGUCAACUUGCACCUUUCCAAAAAUGCAAAAUACUCUACACAUUUACAAUCGACCCUUACGAAUGUCUUUGAAGCAGAACAGAGUUUAGAUUGUGUUUGGAAAGAAGAGCUUUCUGAAACGAAGGUGCUUUUUGCAAGAGAGUCUCCUAAUAUUUACAAAGAAGAUCUCUUGGACCUCCAGUGGGUAUACAUAGACAUUGACAUACUGAACUCCAGAUACCCUAGCCAGUUUAAAAAUCAAUCCCAAUACUUGUGUAAUGGUACAUUUGGUAAAUCGGUCAAUCAGGUUAUUGACCUUUGCAAAAAGUUAAAAAAUCUUUCUACUUUUGUUAUGCAAAAUGGACCUUACGGUAUAACCUCUCGUCCGGGUAUAUUUAUUGCUGCCUACCGUGCAAUCGUUGCUACAAAUUCUUUGUAUGACCACAUUGAUACAUUGGAAGGCAUCUCUGAUUCUUUCGUAGGCAUUACAAAAGAAUUGAAUACUUUGGUAAAUAACGUUGAGCAAGAUGCUAUUCACCCUUUGCUCUGGAAGUGGCUUAGGGGAGAAGAUGGUCUUUCUUCAAAGAUAAAACCUCUUUUGAAGCGUUUGGGUUCCGUAACAUAUUCAGAAAUGUUCCUUUUGGCUCCUGAUUCUAGAAGCUAUGCUUAAGAAAAUAAUUAAAAAUAAAUAUAGAACUUUUUUAAUAUUCACGAAAC